AUGGCUGAAAAUCUGGAAUAUGAAAAUGUUCAUGAAAAUGAAAAUGGUGGAAUUAAUGGAAAUGGAGAAGCAACGAGCAGUUUUAUGUUUGAGCAUUUAAAUUUAGGAGUUCAAAUGAUGUAAGUCAACAUUUCUUUAUUAAAACUGGUUUGUUCUGACACCCAAAUUCUACAUUUUUGAAAAAGUGUUCCUAUUGUCGGAAAAAAUGAUCUUAGGUUUCGUUUUGGCGGUUCCAACUUUUUUUCCGAAUAAUUGAUUUAUUUAUUUAUUUAUUUAUUUAUUUACAACAAAAAACUAUUAUCGAGUUAAAAGCGUAAAGUUUCAAUUUCUUUUUUUUUGUGCCUCAAAAAAUUGAAAAUUGAAUCAACUUUUAGUCAACGCUUCAACAAUUUUCCCCCCAAAAAGGGAAAAACUUUUUUGUGGUGAAAAAAGAGCAGAGAAAUUAUAAAUCCUCUCCAAAAUUCCCAGAUUUUUUUCUUUUUUUUUCUGGUUAGGUUUUCUUUUUUGUCUGCAAAAAUGUUUUGUGACAUGAAAUUAUGUACAAAACACAACAAUAUCAGAAAAACAUAUUCUUUUGCAUUUCAAAGUACUUGGAUUUUUCUAUUUAUCCGUGCUUUUCUGAUUUGUUGUUUGUUUGUUUGUUUUUGCAGUUUCAAAAAUCAUAUAUUUUUUCCCGCAAUUUCCAGAAUCUUUCCACAAAAAUAUAUAAUUUAACCAAUUUUCUUUUCGCUACAAAAUAAAAAGCGAUUCGAUUGUGUCUUAUUUUUUAAGGAAAAAAAAUCUUCUCACCAACUAUAAUUCUCAUUUUUGCAUUUAAUUUCUCUCGUGACUAAUCCACCCUUUUAUUUUUUCAGACAAAAGAUUAAGGUAUUUAUAUUUGCGAGUUAUUUUUUAAUGUCUCAGUUGAUAGAUUACUUUUUUCUAGAUCGAAGUUAUGUCAGAUGAUUUCUAUUACAUUUUAAAUACGUAGACUUUUGAUAAAAACAAUUAUUUUUAUAAUUUAAAUUGAGAAUCUCAUUAUUCCAAAAUUAGACCGUAACGUGUGGGUACUGUUGGCAUCUACCAGAAUAAACUUACACUAGGAACGUGAAAACCUUUUUGGAACGAUACUUUUCGACCUCAUUUAUUGCAAUCACUUCAAAUGUUAUGAAAAUAAACUACAGUAAGAAAUCACGUGGAAUAAAGUUGUAAAUAAUUUGCAAUUCAAUGAGAUGUAAAUAUUAAUUAGUACCUCUUUUUCCAAUUUUUCCAUCACUCUCCAAUAUUAAUUUUCUUCUAACUCUCGAAAACUAAUCAGCAAAUGAAUGUUGCUUCAUUGAAAAAGAAUGACUGAGAGAAAUUAGCCUAUUUUCCAAGUAAAAAAGAUGUGACAUGAAAGAAAGAAAGAAAGCAUCUGAAAGACGAAUCUUCCGUUUUUUCUCUCUCUCUCAUUUAUUCAACUAAGCCUAAGCCACAGAAAAGGUUAUUAUUUUUUAUUAUUUUAGCUUCCUAUUUUUUUCGCUACUGAAAGAAAAUUUGUGAGCAGAAAAAAUGAAUGACCCAUUCAGGUUUGUUUAGAAAAAAAUAAGUUCAAAAAUUUUAUAUAGAAAUUCUGCAAAAUGUUAGAGCAAGUUGGGCAAUUAUUUGUAUUAACACCAGAAGGCAAUAAUACAACAUUUUUAUUCAGCCAACAUUUCAACGAUUUUGUGUUUUUUAAAUAAUAGAAAAUGAGAAAACAUAGAAAGCAAGUUGAAUAUCAUAAAAAUCAAGGGAAAUCAAGCCGAAAAACCUAUAAUCAUAUUUUUCGGUGUUUGAGGAAAAGUUUUUGAAGUUUUUCUUUUUGCUAUUUCUAUUCCCGAGGAUUUCCUAUCUUUUGCAGCAAAGAUUUUUGAAUUUGGUUGAGUAUGAAGGAUUUUAGCAUUUUUUGUGAAAAAACGAAAAAUGUUUUUGGGUUGCACAAAAAUCACAAAAAUACGCGCGUCGUGUUGUCUGGCGCUCUCUCUUAUUUGUUCCUAUCUCUCAAUUUCUCUCCUUCUCUCUCCUCGUCUCUUCUACACACAACACUCUCUCGUUUACUUUUUCAAUUCGCUUUUUUUCGUGGAAUCAGAAGGUUUUUCGAAACGUUGGAGAUGAUAAUAUUUGAUAAAGCGGGGCCCAUUUUCCGUAUACUAUGUAUUUAUUUUCGAAAUAUUUAAAUCCUUUUUUAUUAGAUCAAAAUUAGGUGCAGUCUAUGUUUAUCUAGAAAGAUGCCUUCAGAUAUCACAUUGAUUUUCAAAUCGUACUAAAUUGUGCCAGCUUUGAAAUUUUCUUUUGAAAAAACCAAAAGUUUUUCGAUUGGUUUCAAAUUUCCAAUAAAGUCCAAAAGUUUAGAAAUAGCGUCAUCAUUCAUUCAGCUAUACAACAACUUCAUCCAAAAAGAAAUAUCUAACUAUUUUAAUUAUUCGAGCAUUGGAAAAUAAAAUAAUUACAACUUCUUUUUCAUUCAUUUUUUUUCAAUACUUUCAAGUUCUUUAGGGUACAAUAUUUUCUUUUUUUUUACAUAUAUGUAUAUAUUUUUUCUUUUUUCGCCGAAGAAAAAUUCAAUUUCAUACGCACAAAAAACGGGAAAAACGACAAAAUUUUGAGAAAAACGAAAAAGAAAAUAUCAGCUGAAUAAAUACAGCUGAAAUUUUCGUUUUUGUCUACACUUUUUUAUUCAGAAAAUUUUGAGUAAUACUUGUUGUCAUUUUUGAUGUUCGAAAUAAAAAUAAAUAAGAUAGAAAUGUUGUUUUUGAGUGUCUCAAAAAUGCAAAUUCAAAGUUUCCUUUUUUCUUCCCAAACUCAUAAAUAUUUCUCUCAUCUUUCAACUUUUCUUUCUUUUUUUGGUUGAAGCAACAAAAAAUAGAAGUAGAAAAAAAGAAGGGUGGAGUCAGACUUUUUUAUUAUAGUAUUGGGAAUCGUUGAUUACUUUUUGUACUUUUUUUCUGCAAAAUUUCGAAAUGUAAAGAAAGCUGUUUUCUGAUUUAUGAAAAAACGUUUUCCAAAUCUCAAAAUUCAAAUUGUGGCUUCAUUGAAAACGAAGAUAUAUUUUUCAAAUCAAAAUCCAUUAUUUCUUUUUCCAGGCGUUGCUCAAUGCCUUCGUUAUCCAAAAUGCCAUCAGCUGCGCGACAAUUUGUAUCAAAUGUAUUUUCAUUUUUAUCAUCGCCUUCACCUCAAACAAGGUAAGUUAGAAAGAAUUUUAGGAUUCUGAGACUUCAUAUACCAAAAGUUCUUCUAGAGCUACAAAUAGUUAGAAACCAAAAACAAUAGCUUGAAAGAAAUAUUUUAGAAAUUUAAGUUGAAUUAUUUUGAGGUUGGAUUGAUAAACCAAAAAUAAUCUGAAACGAAAAUUUGGUAGUCAAGUAAAAAAGGUAUCAGAAAUUAUGGAGCAUUUUUUGCUCGCCCAAAUUUAAUUUCUAUUUUUUAUUCAAUAAAUUCCAGGUACUGCCGAAGUUUUCUGAUCAACCUAGUUCUAAAAUAACAAUUUUUGGUGGGCUUAUGCGACCCCGGUUCCAGAUGUUUGAGAAAAGUUCUUGAAAAAUUUUUGACAUUUCCUUCGGUUCAGUUUCAUAUGAGAAAUGCCAUUAUAUUUUUUUUCUGAAAACCCAAACAAAAUGAAAAUCCCUUGAGAUUUUCAUUACAUAAAAAAACAAAAAAACAAAUUUUGCUCCCAUUUUUUCGAAGCAAAAUACUUGAACAGUUGAAGCGAGCGAUCCAUUAUUUUUUCUUUUCUUUUUAUCUACCUGAUAAUCGUGUCUAUUCUUUUUUUUUCGAUGAAUAUUCCCUUUGGGGAAUAAUACUACUAAAAAUCUUUCUCUCUUUUUUGUUCACAAAUGAACUAAAGAAAAAUUGGAGAUUUAUAUUAUAUUUACUCAAGAAUCCAAUUAUUUUAUGUAAAUUAUUUAUUGAGCCUAGUCUAGAAACAAUUUUUUUCAUUUGAAAUCUUUUCCGUGCACAUUUUCAUUUUUCUGUUGAAAAGGAAAAUUAUUGUUUGCAUCAUAAAAAACAUCAAUUAGGAAGUUCGCGAUAUCCGGAUUUUUAUGUCGAACAAAAAUUUUUACCCAGUUUUUCCUCAAAAAACCCCAUUUGAAACAAAAAAGUUAGAUUCAAACAUUCUAUUACAGAAAGGUCAAUUUUUUCAUUCUGAAUUUACAUUCAAUUGAAGGAAAAAAGUCGAUUUUGAAAAAAAGUGGGCGGAGUUUUAUCUUAAGAGCAUCUGAUUAGAAAAAACGAGCAAAUUAAUUUUUCUUGCGCCACAUUUUCCAAUCUUUUCAUUUCUUCCUAUUUGAAAAUGUUGAGAGCUCGUACUAAAACAAUAGUUCAUCAAAGAUCGCAUUCCACUGGAAGGUAAGAAUACUAUAAUUUUGUUUUUGGAAAAUUUAGUUAUUACUAUGGGAUUACUGUAACAUUGAUUUUCGAAUUUUGGAUUUGUUCAGAAAAAAAGAACUUUAAAGAAAAUGAAAUAUUUUUCAUGAAAAAAGAGAAAAUAAUUUUUUUUCUUAAAACCUCUCCAAUUUUUGAAAACCCUCCUGAAAGUUCUUGUUUUAUUUUUCAUCGAAUAGAAAUGUUAUUCGAAUAAAAUAUUCUAGACAUCCAAAAACAAAACAAUAUUUUUAUGGAUCAUUUUUACGAUUCUGAUUUUUGUUUCUUUUCUUUCUCUAUUUCCUGAAUUACCCUUUGUUAUUCAAUUCAAAUUUCAUUCAGCUUUUUUAGUUGAUUGGAAUUUUAUUUAAUUUCUGUCUAUAUUUCAAAAAGGCAGAUAUAAUUAUAACACUUGAAAACUCCGCCCUAAACUUUUUUUCAAAAAAGAAAAACCACUUCUAAACAUUAGUAAUUUUCUGAAACAAAAAUGGAGCUUCUUCUAGGAUGGUUAGUUUUUUAUUUUGAGAAGAAAAUCAAUUGAAACCAAUUAGUUUUCCGAUGAAAAAUUCUAAUUAUUUUUUUUUUCAUCCGGAGAUGAAGAAUUUGAGAAUGAAAAAUUAGUAUUUGAGAAUUCAUAAAUUUAUAUAUAUAUAUUCUUUUUUUUCAGUGUAUCGGAAAAAGGAGCAGCUUUCAGUACACCACAAGUUAAUCGGAAAAACAAGGUAAGUCAAUCAUUUUUUUCUUGUCAUUUUUGAGACUCAAACUAAUAAAUGUCAAAAACUUUAUUUUGUGUGAUUGGAAUAAUAUCGGGUUUCUAUGGUUUUAUUUCUCCGCUUUUUCUAUAUUUUUCAGCCAUAAAUUCAUAUUAAUCGAUGUUAUGUUAAACGUCGCAUGAAAAAUUCAAAUGUUUUCGGGUUCCUGAUCUUUGUCUUUGUUUUGAAUUUUGGAUUCAUGCAAUUUCUGGUCAAUUUUUAUCCGAAGCUUUUCUUCCGAAAAACCUUUCCAGUCAAAUAUUUAUCCUAUAUCCAUUUCUUAGAAUCAAACUAAAAUUUCAAAAUUUUACAAAAAAAGUUUCUGAACUUUGAACUCAUUCCACAAACUUUUUCUCUUCAGAAAAUUACUAACAAUUUAGUCUAACUAAAUAAUCCAUUAAUCCAACAAUUAAAUUAUCUAAACAACUCAAAAUGUUUUCUGAUUUUCUCCAUUUUUGCCACUUCCUUUUUUUUACGUCUCCUUCUUUUUUUUUCCUUCAGAAAAAUGUUUGUUCAACAUCUGUGCAAGUUGUUUGUCUCUCAUUUUUACACACUAUUUCAAUCUGAAAACGACAAAAAAGGGCCCCCAAAGGCAAUUUCUCUCCAUGAUUCUUCUUCUUCUUUUCACAAUAUUUCGCUAUCUAUUGCAUAGCUUUUUCUUGGCAGAGUUGCGAUUCUUAGAAAACACAUAAUAUUUUUGAAUUCGAGUUCCGACAAAAAAAUGAGAAAGUGACGAAAAAAACAUAUUUUUUGUUUGCAGGUUAAUGGAACAAGGAGAAUGAGUGAUUCAAACGAUAUUUCCUACAGUCAGAAUUCGAAGGUUUGUAUUCAUGUUACAUUGUUUUUAGUUUUUUUUUUUGAAAAAUCUUAGUUUCAAAAAAACAACUCACAGAAAAAAUUAAAAAUUCACAGACUUACGGUUGUCAAGUGUGAGAAUUUGCGUAGUUAAGAAGUUUUAAAAAUCAUUUUUUUUCCAGAAAUUAUUCACUGGGAAUAUCGAGAAAUGGGAGCCAAAUGUUUACGAAAAGGUUGGUUUUUUGGGAAUUUUUUGAACUUCAAAAAAAAAACAGUGCCGUUCUUUUUUUUGGAAUUUGAAAUUACAAUUUUUCAAAUGUUUUUCAAGAAUGUUUGAAAAUCUGUUUCAAAUAGAAUGAUCUCUCAAUCUUCUUCAAUUUUACAGGAAUUAAUUCGUCGUACUUGGUCGGAUGAAUUUGAUGCAUUAUAUGAAUUGGGUUCAGCCAUUUAUUGUUAUAUUUUCGAUCACAAUCCAAAAUGUAAACAAUUAUUCCCAUUUGUAUUGAAAUAUCAAAACGAGGAAUGGAAAGAAUCAAAAGAAUUCCGAUCACAAGCUUUGAAAUUUGUACAGGUAAAUCAUUUUUUUUACUAUGAAACCAAAUCUAGUUUCAAAACAAAAACCAAUUAAGUAUUUCCAGACUCUCGCUCAAGUUGUCAAAAACAUUUAUCAUAUGGAGCGAACUGAAUCAUUUUUAUAUCUUGUUGGUCAAAAACAUUGUAAAUUUGCGGAUCGAGGAUUCAAACAUGAAUAUUGGGAUAUCUUUCAAGUUUGUACUUUAAAAAAAACCUUGAAAGAAAGAACAAAACAAGUUUUAUUUCAGGAUGCGAUGGAAUUUGCACUUGAAAAUCGAAUGACAAAAAUGCCAGAUUUAGAUGAAGGACAGAAAAAAGAUGCGGUUUCGGUUAGCGUUUUUUUAAAUAAAAUAAAGUUUUUGGUUAAAAAUUUAAUUUUUUUAGGUAUGGCGAACUUUGGCAUUAUAUACAACAGUUCACAUGAGAAACGGGUUUGUCGACGGUUUGAAAGGAAUCAAUAAAUUUCCACCACUCGUUUGA